CAUCAUGUCAAAAUUGAGGAAAAAACUCUUUUACAGACUGAUGGUAUUUUGAAAAGGAGAGACAAGAAUCGUUUCACCUGCACUCAGUGUGGAAAGAGUUUUGGAAAACAAAACAGUCUUCAAAUUCACAUAAGGAUCCACACUGGAGAAAAACCAUUCACAUGCACUCAAUGUGGGAAGAGUUUCAGCCAAUCUUCAAACUUUAAUAAACACAUGAGGAUCCACACUGCAGAGAAACCAUUCACAUGCACUCAAUGUGGGAAGAGUUUCAACCAAUCAUCAAACCUUAAUCAACACACGAGGAUCCACACUGGAGAGAAACCAUUCAUUUGCACUCAGUGUGGGAAGAGUUUUAACUCCUCCUCACACCUUAAUCUACACAUGAGGAUCCACACUGGAGAGAAACCAUUCACUUGCACUCAGUGUGGGAAGAUUUUUAACUCCUCCUCACACCUUAAUAAACACAUGAGGAUCCACACUGGAGAGAAACCAUUCACUUGCACUCAGUGUGGGAAGAGUUUCAGCCGAUCAUCAUCUCUUAAUAGACACAUGAGGAUCCACAGUGGAGAAAAACCAUUCACUUGCACUUAAGCCGCGGUCACACUGGACUUUUCUCCCCAUAGACUUCCAUUCAUAUGCGCGCAAAUGAAUCAGACCGGAAAUGCUAGUUUGUGCGUCAAGUUUCGGAGUUGCCUUACAACAUUCAAGCUUGGUGAACUGACCUGCGAAAUCGCAUCACUUGACUGUGUGAGACCAAUCGAAGAUCAAAACAUGACCUCUCAGGACAGAAAUUUAAAAUAUGGACCAAUCGCUCACUUUUUAAUGUCUAAUCAUCUUGUUUAAUCCCGCCCCUUUUCACAGUGCCGUACAAUAGAAUUUUGCAAAGAAGAGGACUCACGCUGGAGAUAAUCCGUACAGAUCUGAUCAGUGUCUACAGAGCGUCGCUCGUUUUAGAGUUUAAGAAACACAUGAACAAAAAGUUGCACACAUGACAUGAAUGCAGCAAAACAUUUUCUCAUGUGCACAGGAUGUUUCAUGUUUGAAAAGACUGAGUGAUGGUAUACUGUUUUCCAACACUCCUACACUGCUACACUGCAAUAGGUGGGGUUGUAAAUGUGUUGCGCUCCUUGCGUUUACCGUAAACAAUGAUGGCGGCUGAGAGAAGAACAGUUUCAUAAACAUCUGGCAAACAGCACCUCUGCAGCUUAAAAUCUCUUUGCAAGUAAUUGUACAGGUGUGCAUACAUCUGUACUCUACUCUCCAGUGUAUUCAUGUAGCUAGUGUUCUUUUGGAUGAUGUUCUCUGUUACAUCCUACACAAGUCUAGGGGAAAUACAAUGAACGCAACAAUAUUAGUUUAAAGAGCACUAAACUGGGACCAGUCACAACAAAGCAAUGAGUAAAGUUCCAAAAUUACAAAAAAAAAAAAAAAAAAUCAAAGUCACACACAAUGUAGUGUUAAGGGAGCUCUAGCUUCAGGAGGGGAAUAAAGCCAAAAUAACAAACAAAAACAGGGUUCUGUCUGGGAGUAAAACCUCUAAAUAAGCUACAAGAAAAUAAUGAUGAAAAAUAACAGCAAAACUACACUGACUCCCUGACUGACCUCAA